ACAAACUAAACCAGUUGUGGUUUGAAAUUGAAUUGCGCAGGUCGAUCGUUAGUGCUGUCGGAAGUCCGUACUCGAUUGAAAUAAUAAGCAUUUGUUUACGCGCCGCGCGAGAAAAUACAUUGAAGUUAAAUAAUGUGAAGUUCUUCCUAAUUUAACAAACUUCAAUCAUUUUCCAUUGACUGAUUUGCAGUUAUUUAUGUAUUUAUUGGUAAAUGAAAAAACAUUUUCUCUAAAUUCGGUGUUUGUGCGUGUGUUCAUGGAUAUUGGAAAGAGUCUGCAAUAAUUUGAAUCUACCUUCAAUAUUUUAAUUUGCAUCGGUACUGCACAGCGAGGCACGGCAUAGCAGCUAUGUGGGUGUCGCGGUAGCGGCAGCAUGGCCGCGCCGCUCCUACUGCUGGCGGCGUUCGCGAUCUCUGCGUCGCCGGCUGGCUCUCAAGCUAUUCAAGAUAGUCGAUGUUACUUGAUGAACGGUGGUGCUGUGGAGAGCUUUUUCAUAAGUGAAGAUACACCAGUAGGCAGUAUUAUAGGUACACUAAGCGUGAAUGGGGACCCCAGUGCGGUUGGAGGCGACAUCUCGCUCCAUAUCCAGGAGAAGAACCCAGCCGUGGAGCUGGCGGCUGGCUCCAAGAACAUCACACUCCGACGAGCCCUGGACCGAGAGGAAAAGCUAGGCCCUUCUAGUGUUUACGUCAAUGUGCGCUGUGAUAGACGGCACACUGCUGAUCCGAGUUUCGUGAUCCCGGUGUCAGUGCGCGUUUGGGACGUGAACGACAACGCCCCGGCGUGGCGCGGGGCUCCGUACCGCGCCAGAGUGUCCGAGCUGGCAGCGCCGGGGACGCGCGUGCUGUCCGCGCCCGCGCACGACCCUGACCAGCCCGGCCCGCACGCCACGGUGCGGUACUCCGUGCUGCCGGGACCUGCCUCUGAGUUCGUUGGAUUCCAAAGCGAGCUAGAUAGCACAGUUGUAAUCAAAAAAGCGCUCGACUAUGAAACGCUGCGCAACUUCACGGUGCGGCUGCGGGCUCAGGACGGGGGCGCCCCGCCGCGAUACAACGACACCACGCUCACUGUGGAGGUGCUCGACGCGGACGAUCAGAACCCGCAGUUCACGCACGAACACUACACCGCUAUUGUACCGGACAAUGCUCAAGACGGCACAGUACUCGAGGUGUCGCCGGGGCCAAUCUCAGCGUCAGACCGCGACCUGGGCAUCAACGCACCCGUGUACUACAGCGCGAGUGGCGACGGCGCGGACUUGCUGCGACUCCAUCGCGACAGCGGUGCGUUGGCCGCUACUGAACGACUGCUGACGCAUCCGCUGCCUAUCACUGUGGUGCUUAAGGCAACUCAAGUGGACAACGCGGACCGCUACGCUCUAGCGACCGUGACGGUGCGCCGCGCGAGCUCCACCACAGUGCCGCGUACUUCAGCGGCCAUCACCACCGGCGCGGUGGACACCGGCGUGCGCUUCGCGAGGCGAGGCUACGCGGUGUCGGUGCCCGAGGACGCGCCGCCCGGCAGUGUGCUAGCUGCGUUACACACCAGGUCCCUGCACGAGGCGCCGCUGCAGUUCUACGUGUCGGAGCGCAGCUUCCUGGAGAAGUUCGCCAUCAACAGCGCGGGGGAGGUGCUGCUGCGGAAGCCGCUGGACUACGAGGAGACGGACCGCUACCACUACCAGGUCAUGGUCACUGACGGCAACACGAAUGACACAGCGUGGAUCAACAUAACAGUGCAGAAUGUGAACGAGUGGGAACCCCGCUUCCGACACGCGCACUACGAGUUCCUAUUGGACGAAGUGCCUCCCGCUGGGCCGGUGCGAGUGGGACAGCUGCAGGCGUUCGACGGAGACAAAGAAGAUAAUGUGGCGGUGCAUCUCACCGGACCUGAUGCCAAGAUGCUGUACGUGAACGAGUUGGGGGAGGUGUUCCUGCGCUCGGAGGCGCUGCAGGCCCUCAACUCCUCCGUCCUGCACGUGGUCGCCACCGCGGUAGAUUCAGGCUCUCCGCCACGACAGACGUCGGUGCCGGUGUCGGUGCGCAUCCCGGAGCGCGCGGCGCACGCGCAGGCCGCGCGCUCGCCACUGUUCGCGGCGUUUGCGUGCGCGCUGGCCUUGUUGGCGCUCUUACUGAUGGCGCUCCUCGUAUACUUGUGCAGGUUGAAACGUCGUCGGCAAGUGAAAGACAAAAGCGCGACAGUCGCAGCGCCGCCCGAGAAGACCGCGAUCCCCGCGUCGACCGCCAGCACGACCAGCGCCAACCUCAACGGCAGCGGCUCUCUGCAGAGCGUGUCCGCGGGCGCCAGCAGCAUCCUCGCUGCCUCCACUACGAGUCUGGACCAUCACGCGACGUCACACUCUGAUAAGCCGUCCAACGGCAGCACGACGCGUCAGUCGCAGCGCUUCCCGCCGCGCGGCAAGGUGUCUCCCGCCAGCCCGGGCGGCGCCAGCGUCGCGCCCCCCGCGCCGGGCGCCGGCGCGCUGAGCGACCACCUGCAGGGCGCCGGCGGGCGCUCCGGCGUAGCGUGGCCCAGCGCCACCAUCCCUGCCAGAGUGAAGCAUCUGAGCUGGGACGACGCCACGCCGCAGGACGGGUCGGAGCGGCGCGAGCUCACGGAGGCCAAGAACUCCGCGGUUUCUGACCACAUGAACCUCACCGUCUACUUCUGAUCCGUCGGCGUCGGCCACAGCUGCCUGUCCACCGCUGGACAUAGGUUUCUCGUUAAGGUCUGCCAACACUGCCCUGGAUAUAAAAAGAUGCCCUGCUACUUGUAAUUUAAAAAUACCAAUAAAACCUCUCCACAUAAUACCAACACACUUUAAAAUUUGCCCAACUUCACUACUUUUACAAAUUGUUCUUAAUUUUAGAAAACAUAAAGUAUAGAUUUUCAUCAAAAACAACAAUUUUAAGUUUUUGUUUGUUUUGCUCUGACAGUGAGUGGUCAUGUAAAUAGCCUUGCCUACUGCGCAGACAAAAUAUUUAUUUUUGUAGGUAGGCAGUAGGUACUAGCUUUCACCUGCGACUUCGUCCGCGUGACCCACACGAACUGAAAAAAAAGAAAACUUUUUUGGCGAUAAUCUAUAUAUAUAGCACUCCUGGUUAAUGUAGCUAUGUAUCAGUGAAAUAAUUUUUAAAAUUAAUUACAGAGAUUACGUCCUACAUACAAAUUGAUAAAAACUUACUCUUUAUAAUAUAGUACGUGAAGAUGAUUUUCAUUAUCAAAAUUUUUAAAUGUAACAGAACAAAAUUUGUUCAGUAGGUAUUAUGUAAAGAAGUUAACUUGAAGAAAUUAUUAGUAUUCUAAAAUUAACUACUAGGUAGAAAAUUGUACUUCCAUACCUAACGAGACCUACGAGUAUGUAUAUUUGUGAAUUGUGAUGGACCAAUUUACCACAACAGACUAAUAUUAUAAUGUAUUAUAUCACACAAACAACGACAUUAAUUUAUCAAUGGCAAAAAGGAAACUUGAACAAAUUUUAUAAAGUACAGCAAGUAUUUAAAACAAGUUUUGUAAUUAUGUACUAAGUAAGUAGGUAAGUAAAUCGUAAAGUAAGGCAAAUGUUGCGUAGAGUUAAAUUUUAUAUCGUAAAAUUUAGACAAUUUUAUACGAAUCUCUAAGCAAUAUUAAAUAAUUAAAAUAAGUACUUACUAUGUUACUAGAAGACCAAAGUUUAAUUUUUCAGAGAUUAUUCUUAUGAGAACUAAACAUUAAUUCAAUAAAUUACAAAACACAGACCCAUUUUCGCAAUUUUCAAGUAAUCCCACUUCUGAUGUCAAGUACUUCAAUUAGUGAUAAAAAGUAAUUUUGGACCAUUAUCCCGCUUUAUUGUUUGAAGAAAAAAAAUUACAGAAUAUAAAAUCUUAUCCGUUAUUUAACAUUUUCCUAUUCGUAGACUUUAUAAUACAACUUUAAUCUUUGUGAGUUGAAAAACAUCUACAAAAGUAGGUAGUGCUACGAAUUAUGCUACUCAGUUGUGAUUUCGGUUGAUUAAGAUGUUUUAGCGUUAAUUAAUUUGUAGAUUUUGUUAUUGAUUGUAUAUUAAGUAUUAAAUUAUUUAAUGUACGUAGUGAUAUUAUGUCAGAGAAGA